GGUUCGCAGCAAGGGGCUGGGGCUGGGGCUGGCUGGCUGGCUGGCUGGUCGGCCGGCUUGCAACCUCGACUGAAUGUUUUGUCCGUCGGGCCCCAGCUACCGAGCAUUUUGUUGUCGGUCGCAGCGGUCGAGAUGGGUGGCCGGCCAUGUGGCGAGGUCAAGAAGCCGUACGUGGGUUACGGAGACCCAUGUCGGCGGCCAACGUGCGGGCUGGGCUGUCUUGCAUCACAUCAGCUUAAGCGUCUCUUAUUAGUAUUAUUGGAGGUACGUUGGUAGGUACGAUGUGCAGCCAGGCGAACUCCUCGUCUCAACUCGCAGCCAUACCGCAGGUCCGUUGGUGGGUGAAAUGGAAGGCCGGCAUGGUGGAAACGGGCAAGCCGCCAGUGGGAGGUUGACGGAAGUGAAUCUCCAGCUGCUACCGUCGAGGUGGUCAAGGAUGAAAGCACCAAAAGAGAGGGCAUGUCAUGCCCUGCAGUGGGCGUGCCUACAAUACGUACUGCACUGUAACUACCUAACGAUACACUUAGGUUGUUACCUGCCUGUGCUGUCCACUCACCUCAGUCGGGUGCUAAGGUAAGUGUUCGGUGGAGGCUGCCCGCCCAGGUGACGCGGGCACGCUCGGCGGGUGGGUGCGCGUUGCCCGCAAUGGAACCGAUGGGACCCUCAUUAGGGUGUCUGUCGCAUGGCGGGCAGUUGCUACAGUGGUUGUAUGUAGCAGCCCUCUCCAGCAGGGUUCCAAUUUCUUCAAUCCAUCUUUAUUAUUACCUCUACUAGGUAGCUAUUACGUUACCCCACGUCGCCGCCAGACGCCCGACGCCACGCCAUCCUGCUGCUGCCGCUGCUGGCUCAGUCAGAUCCAUCCGAUUUUGACCUCGCAACCACACACCCACCUUGGCUCGGCCGGGAACGACGACUUCCAUCAUCGUGGAAGCACCACCCGCACUCGCACCAGCACCAGCACCCGCACCCCGUCAACCGCGCACCCUCGGUCACUGACUGGCCCGCACGCCCCCCCGUGCUGCCGCGAAGCAACCAUCCGCACCGAUGCUGGCUCAUCUCGCCCGACCGCAAUACCAUUUUCUGGGCCAGUACAUCCCCUAGCGGCCCCGCGCCCGGAUGUGACGAACCGCUCGAUACCCUUCAUCACCAUCGACCACCCGUCCGCCUCCCUCAGCAGACGGCCCGCGCUGCCGUCAUGGAUCGCGCACGGAAGCGCCAACUCCGCGCACUCAACGAGAGAGCAUGGAGCGGCGAAAAAGAUGUCUUUUCCGUCGGCGGCUCGCUUGAUUCCUCCCUCAAAAAGAACACGGCGUUCAUCAAGAGACUGCGCACCGCCGUCACCGCCGCCACGCUGCCCACCUUCCUCCAGGAGAUUCGCACCUUGAGUUUGCACAAGUACCUCUCGGAGAUCGUCUCGGCAUGCUACGAAGGCCUCUGCAGGCUCAAGUCUCCAGGCGAAAUCGAUGCCGGUGUCGAAAUCGUCAGCGCUCUCCAUCAGCGCUUUGGCCCUGCCGAAUUCACCGAAUAUCUUGCCUGGCUGCUCGGCAAGGGCAUGGCCACACCCGACAAGAGUUUUCUCAAGACACUGUCUCCGGAGGCUCGUGAAAAGGAGGAAAAAGAGCGCAUCACCCGCCAGCGGGCCCUGCUUCGUGUCAUCACCGACCUCUGGCUCGUGGGCGUCCUGAGAACACUGGACGAUGCGACCAAGCCCGAUGACGCAACAAAGGGUGCCGCCGGCAAGGUUCCAGAGCUCAAAGUGAGAAGCGGCGCCGGCAAGGCACCUGGUGGGGCGGAGCCCUUUCCCCUCGAAGUGCUCAAGGACCUCUUGGGCUACGAUCGGGAACACGCCAAUCUGCCUCUGCUUGUCGUCUUCGUCAAGGCCUUCAGCUGGGACAUUCUCGGCGUCAAGGCUACGGGUGCCGACGGCCGCAAGACCAUCGAGGAGGACGGUCUGGCCAGUACCCUCAACGCAGGCCGCUCUCACGAUGCUGACGGUAACGCGGAAACGAACGCAAACGAUCAGCCCCUCACGCCCCCCGACCUUGCCGACCGCUUUCGAACAGUUCUGAAGCGUUACUUCGACGACGUCACAGCCCACAUUGUUCGCGACCAAAAGUCAAUCCAAUCCCAGGCCCGACGCAACGCCGAAGCCUACGUCAAGUCGGGCGAGGUUUUCGAAGACCGUCAGGCUAGCUAUGAGAAGCUCGUCAAGGCCCAGGACCGACUGGUCUCAAAUGCCCAGGUCGUGGCUGACGCCAUCGGCGCCGAGAUGCCCGACCUGAAAGAUGCAGAAGACCCCCUUGCCACAUCAAGCGGCUCUAUUGGUUUGGUCAAGACCGGAGACUACCUCCGCUCCAUGGCUGACGGUCCAGGCAUCUGGGCAGACGAGGAUGAACGCCGGUUUUACGAGAAUCUUGUAGAUCUCAAAGGCAAGGUACCACCUAUCCUCCUUGAGGAUGGCAAGAAGAAGAAGUCAGAUGGCGAUGAUCAAGUCGGCAAGAAGGCCGAGCCGACUGAUGGCCCUGACACUGCCAAAGUUGACGUCAAUGACGACCAGUCCACGGCGAUUGCAAACAAGACGAUCGGAGCGCAGGUCGAUGCCCUGCUAGCACGACUGCCGGAGCUCACAAACAAGGACGCCAUCGACCAGACCGCCGUCGACUUCUGCUUCCUCAACUCUAAGGCGUCCCGCAACCGACUGGUCAAGGCCCUGACCGAGGUGCCCAAGGGCAGAAGCGAUCUGCUUCCGUCGUGGUCCCGCCUCGUGGCUACCUUGGGCCGGUAUUUGCCAGACGUUCCAAAAGGGCUGGUCGAGUAUCUUGAUGCCGAAUUUCGAAGCUUGCAGCGCCGCAAGGACAAGGAUUUCCUUGGCCAGGUGCGGCUGAGUAACAUCCGAUAUUUGGCAGAGCUUACCAAGUUUGGCGUCGUCCCCGAACACGUCGUAUUCCACUGCCUGAAAGUUAGCCUCGACGACUUUUCGCGGAUGAACAUUGAGAUUCUCUGCAACUUGAUCGAGAAUUGCGGCCGAUAUCUGCUCAAGAACCCGGAUACCGCACCGCGAAUGGCCAGCUUCCUCGAGACGCUGCAGCGCAAGAAAUCGGUCCAACACAUCGGGCAGCCCGAAAGGAUGCUGAUAGACAAUGCCGUCUACUACGUCGACCCGCCGGAGCGACCUGCUAUCGAGCAGAAAGAGCGAACGCCAAUGGAGCUCUUUGUCCGCAAACUUGUCUACACGGAUUUGACCAAGCGGAACUAUGGCAAGGUUUUGAAGCAGAUCAGAAGGCUUCACUGGGAAGAAGCUGAUGUUGUCGCAAUUCUCGAAAAGGUCUUCUCAAAGCCGGGCAAGGUGAAGUAUGGCAACAUUCACCUCCUCGGUAUACUUCUUAGUGCCCUUCACCGCUAUCACCCCGGCUUUGUGAUCAAGAUUGUCGAUAACGUCAUUGAGUCGGUCAGUUUCGGUCUCGAGGUGAACGACUUCCGGUUUUUUCAACGUCGCAUCGCUGAAGUCAAGUACCUCGGAGAAUUGUACAACUACCGCAUGCUGGAGCAUCCGGUAAUUUUCGACACACUCUACAAGAUCAUGACCUUUGGCUACGGGGGCCCUCCUGUACCCGGCCGGCUCAACGCAUUUGAUCCCCCCGACGAUUUUUUCCGCAUCCGCCUCGUCGCCACUGUUUUGGAGACUUGCGGCAUGUUCUUCAAUCGCGGGGCCGCGGGAAAGAAGCUGGACUACUUCCUUUCCUUUUUCCAGUACUAUGUAUUCACCAAGGCUUCGCUUCCCAUGGAAAUCGAGUUUGUAGUGCAAGACAUUUUCGCUCUCACCCGGCCGCAGUGGAAAAUGGCCGCCGGCUUGGAGGAGGCGGCCAAAGCAUUCCAGCUAGCCAUUGCCCAAGAUCAGAAGACGGCAGGGGCAGACAAGGCGGCCGAGCCGGACGAUGUAUCGAGUGGAGCCUCGUCGGACGACGAUAACGGGGACGUUGACGAAGUGGAAGCGUAUGGCGAUGGGGAGGAGGAGAGUGCGUCCGAGGAGGACGACGUUGAACAGGACGAUGACGACGAAUCUGUCCAUGACAGUGACUUCAACGACGAAGCCAUUGUGGUUACGCGGAAUGAGGAGGCGGUAGACCCGGAGGACGAUGCUGACUUUGAGCGGGAGUAUGCCAAGAUGAUGGCUGAAAGCCUCGAGUCCCGCAAGUUUGACCGCAAACCGCUUUUCGAUGUACCCCUUCCGGUUCGGCCAAAGAACCGCGAGGCCGCGGCGGCCGGCUCACAGAGCGAGGAGGCGCCGCCCGCGAGCAGCGGCAGCACCAUGGCGUUUGCUCUACUGACCAAGAAGGGCAACCGGCAACAGACGCGGACGGUGGAGCUCCCAUCAGACUCGACGUUGGCGAUUGCCAUGAAGACGCAGCAACAGGCUGAGAAGGAGGAGCAGCAACGGAUCAAGAACCUGGUCCUGAACUACGAUCUUCAGCAGAACGAGGAUCAGGAGCCUCACGAACGGCCGUCAACAUUUUACCACAACCGAAUCGAACGGCCGAGUAAGGAUCGUGGCCAGAGGGUUCGGAAGCUGCAACUGAGCGACGUCGACUGGUGAGAAACGCACAAGGCUGGCACGACAGACACGAGACGAGACGAUGCGCCCCAGAAGAUAAAUGGCUGGCGGAAAGCCUUGGCUUGGGCCAGGGCGCAGAACCCAUGUGGCGCCCUCGGCGUGGACCGGGUUUGAUGAGAUUCUUUGCCAAACAAGAGUGUGGAGUGCUCGGCGAGGACCGCUGCGGUGCUAUGGUGUUGGCUUGCUGAUACCUGCUACAUUCAAGGUUUGUACGUAGGCCCACAGCGGUUGCCACGUCACCCCUGCUGCGAGAUGAGAGGCUCGUGGUCGACUGGACGGGGCGUGCCGACCCAAUUUGGCCAUUCCACUGAACCUCUGUGGACGGACCGUGGGGCCAUAUAAGCCGGGGUCCGAGAGCCAAUGACUGGGGUCCGGGCAGGGAGGCAAAGCCGGCGAGAGCGUUAUUUCUGGACAAGGACGUUGCCGGUUGUGUAGGGACAACGCUUGCCGUUGUCGAGCAUGGCCGGGGCAUUCGGAGGUGAGGGCGCGUGAAGCAUGGAUGGGUUGGUUGGAAAGGUGGGCGAAGCGUCGCCAUAUACUGCACAUGUAGAGUACAGCUCUUUGGCAGUUUUGCAGCCAGCACCUCCUCGAUGCAGUGUCUACAACCUGUACCUACCAAAGGUCCAGCACUUUCCCUUUUGCAGUAAAGGCGACGGCGUGACUGAUGGGAGCGGCCCCGGCGACGCCCGUGCUCUGCGGUGAUGGCUGGCCCUUGACUUGUGCACAGAUACUUGGCGCAGGAUACGUGGUACAGUAGUAGUGCCUGUCAACAGUACUACCACGUAGCACCCAAGGCAUGCAGUCAGUUGAUACUGUACGUAGGUGAUUUGCAGGUGCAGGGCUCAGGAGUCGGAAGCGAGGUGAUGGAGUGAGUGG